AUGGCUACAAUUAUAGACAAAAGCAGUCAAUUUAUUUGUUGUGUUGUCAGUUGUAAUAAUAGUAAAAAAACGGGCCAUAAGUUGUUUAGCUUCCCCAAUAAGCCUCAUGAAAAAAAGCUUAAAAAAAUGUGGAUUAAAAAUAUUAAUAGAAUUAAUAAGGAUGGAACACCAUGGAUGCCGGAUGCCUGCUCGGUUAUAUGUGGUGAACAUUUUGUUGGAAAUAAACCAUCAAAAGAUCCCAAUAGUCCUGCGUAUGUACCAAUUAAAUUUAUAAACAUUUUUAAAACGAAGGAAAAUGAUGAUCUUCAAGAACUCUGUCGUAAAUUGCAUUGUAAUGAACCUUUAAGCAGUGAACUUUCAUUGGAAGAUAUAAUAGGCACUACUGAUGCUGUAUUUUGUCUAUUGGCUGAUAUGUUAGCAGAACCCGGUCCUUAUAUAAUUUGUAGCAAAAACCUUAAACUUUUUAUUUUUUUAGUAAAAAUAAAACUUGAUAUCAAUUUUAAAAAAAUUGGAAUUAUAUAUGGAAUAAGUCAUUCCACUGUUUUCAAAAUUUUUUCCUAUGUACUUAAUGUUUUGUACAAUAAUACUAAACAAUUUAUUGAUUGGCCUAGUAAAGAUACUAUUUCAGCAACUCUUCCUAAUGCUUUUAAACAAAAUUAUCCAUACUGUCGUUGCAUUAUAGACUGUCUAGAAAUUGAAGUAGACCAUUCAUCUACUGAACUACAAAUGGUUAAAAUGCUCUCACCGUAUAAUAAUUCAUAUUCCAUUAAGUUUCUUAUUGCUAUCACACCUAAUGGUGUCAUAAGUUUUCUUUCAAAAGGUUAUGCAGGAAAUUCAAGUAAUGCAUUUAUUAUUAACGACAGUGGAUUACUCUCUAAAUUAGAGGUUGGAGAUCAGGUUUUAGCUGACAAAAACUUCCCUAGUUGUGAUACAAAUUGUGAAGUAGACAAUUUUGAAUUAAUUAUGUCUCCAAUCUUAGAUAAUGAUCAGUUCAUCGAAGAAGAAAUAGUGAAUGUACGAAGGCACAUUAACAUAUGUUUUGCUAAAUUAAAAACUUUUAAAAUCUUAAAUAAAAUGAAAAAAGAGUUUGACUCUUUUAUAGAUAAAAUAAUGCAAAUAUGUUGUACUUUAAACAAUUUAAAAUAUUUACCAAUAGUUCAUAAGAAUAAGUCAUGUUUACAUUAA